AUGAAGCAAUAUGAUAAUUGGUCUUCUCCUUUUUUGAAUAGUCUAUGGGCAGAUACUACAGAAUCCUUUACUGAGCCAAAUGAAGAUUGGAGGAUAGUAGGAACAAAUCCGUUUAAGAGGCGAUCGAAAUCAGUAAGUGAUAUUGCUGUUACCACACCUUGUAAACCAUCAGAUUUAUUUUACGUUAUAGAGUUUGGCAGUAAAAGACUAGACUUGGCUUACAUGGACUCAAAAAUUUCUUAUCAGAAAAAUUCGCACGUUAUUUUAGAAGCCGAUCGCGGCGAGGAUUGUGGAGUUAUUAUAGGCACUACAAGUAAAGUAGAGUUUGAUAAGUUACUCUUAAGACAUGAAAAUAUUUUGAAUGAGAUAAGUCCAAAACGUAUACAUAGACUUGCAACGGAUGAGGAUACAAGGAUAUUACCAAAUAAGAAACAAUUAGAAGAGCAGGCAUUAAUUUUUUGUAUGAACAAAGUAAAAGAAAAAGGACUAAAAAUGAUUGUUGUAGAUUGUGAAUAUCAAUGGGAUCUUAAUAAAAUAAUAUUUUAUUUUGAUAGUAAAGAUAGAAUAGAUUUUAGAGAACUUGUAACAGAGUUAUAUAAAAUAUAUAAAAAAAGAAUAUGGAUGUGUAGUAUUGAAAAAAGUAAAAACAGACACCUAAGAGAAUUAGUCAGUUAG